UUUUUUUAUUGAUCACCUUUUUAACCAUACCCAAUAUUCUUUUUUUUUUAUUAUUUUUUAUAUACAUAUUUAUAUUCCUUCUUUGUUUUUUUUCCCUUGUUUUGUUUUAUAUUCUCAUUUUUGUGUAUUUCCAUUCUUAUAUUUCAUUCCUUUUCAGAUUACCAUAAUAUGUUAUCAACACAACCGCGCGAUCAAACUGACGAACCUGGAAAACAUCCUCACGUUACUGAUACUCCACCUCGAAUUUCGUCACUUGAAUCUACUCCUGAAAGGUUUUCUAUCGAAACGCAACAAAACUAUGAACUAUAUCAACAGCAACUCCAAGACCAACAACAGCAAAUGGAUGAGUUAUCAACUGUUAAAACAAACUCGAAAUCCUUUUUCAAAAAACAACCUUGGCAAAAGACGCAACAAAAUUCUAUUGGAAGAAAGUCAUCUAGUGAAUCCAUUCGAUCCAACAUAUCCACUACAAGCUCUAUCUUUAGUACAGCUAGCAAGAUCUCGAAAUUACCUCAUGUUGUCAAAGCUUCAGUCAAAGGUUUAGUGGCAAAGUCAGCUUCCACUUCACGACGACUUACUCUCAUGUCACAAAAUAAUAAUAAUAAUAAUAAUAAUAAUAACAAUAUUAAUAAUUUGACUUCGUCUUCUUCAGCAUAUUAUCAAACUUCUUCACCUUCUUCUUCUAUGGUAUCAUCGUCUUCUUCAUUUGGUUAUCGAUUACGGAAACGUACACCAAGUGCUUUGGGAUUAUCCGGAAUGUUUUCACGACGACGAGCCUCUAUGGAUCAAGCAGUGGGUACGAUGGAUCAAAUUCACCCUCAAGAAUCAAUUAGCUACUCAGUAUUGAAGGAGGAAUCUCAUUAUGCACCACCUCCUCUUCCCAAUAAUAAAGAAAUACCAACGACAUCUUCAACAAAUGGUUCCACUUUACAUCAUCAUUUAUCAAAAUUGCAUUUAUCAUCUUCAUCUUCAUCAGCAUCAUUAUCAUCAUCUUCUUCAUCAACAACUCCAAAUACAGGACAAACUAUAACUUCAUCAAGAAUACCACCGUCAACAUUACCUCCAACUACUACUACUACUACUACUACUAUUACAACAAAUUCAACCCCUUCUUCACCUUCCGUUACUUCACCAGUCGGUAGAUUAUUGUUUGGAAAGGAGGUUACAACCUUGUUUGAUUCAACUACAACCGCUUUAUCAUCUGAUAGGAACAACACGCAGAAGAAAAAAGGUGACACACAAGAUGAUCAAUUAUCAAGAGAGGUAAAAUAAAAAAAAAAGGAGAGAAUGGAAAGGAGAGAUAGAGAGGGAAAAAAAAAGGAAGGGGGGGAAGGAUGUACGAUGAUUAUUAGCGGUUAUUAAUGGUUAUUAGUGGUUAAUGAUAUCGGUUAGUAAUAGUUAGUACCAACAAUAGUAGUAUUGGGAUGAUACUUAGUUUGUUUUUUUUUUAUUAAUUUUUUUUUUAUAUCUAUUUAUAU